AUGGUUCCGGAAAGUAGGCAGUAUUUCAUCCCCAGCUCGCCCAACUUGGACCAGAGCAUAUUCAAAGGAUCGAUCUUGGUCCUGCCGGUGGUCUCCCUCGCCAAUGUGCCACAGUUGGCGAUGGACUUAAUGAUACACAGCACUCACCUCGGCCCGGUCGAGAAGGUCGGCAUCCUCGAUCCUCAAGACCACAUUCCGGUCAUUGGCGCGAUCGAUCAUACGUCUGCCCUUCCCCAGUCUCCAGACACGCGCCACCAAAUAACCACUCCGAUUCAAGUCUAUCAGAGUCGAGACAAGCUCUAUACGUUUGUCCAGCAACGGUCACCAGUAAUCAAGGCACGAAAAGAAUCGCAUGUUUCAAGAAUGAAGAACUGGAUCUCAACGGCCGGGUUUGCUUCAGUCCUUGUGCUAGUUUCGGUCGAUGCGGCCGCACGCUCGGAUGCCCACCUCCAACAUCCAUCGGCGUUCUUCCAUUACAUCCGAGCUACAAGCCAGCCGGAUUCGCCGACCGCACUCCGCCAAAUCAUCCGGAAGAGAUACGCCAGUUUUUUACCGCAAGAUACCCCGGGCUUGCCGAUCUUUUGUGCCGGCGGUUUGGCCGCCAGACUGCUCGCAGCUCUCACUUCAUCGGCUUCCGAUACUGCCUCCGUGGAGGUCAACACGCUCGUUGCUUACGUGGCUGAAGGUGACAACCGUCUUGACGCGAAAGCUUUCGCCCAAGAGAUUAUUUCGACCUUCAAUCACAUUCGAUCGGGCCUAGGAGAUGAACCGCCCGUUUCAUUUGAAAGCUUGCGUGAACCGAUCAGUUGGAUGGCCUCUGACUCCUACCAGCACAAAACAAGACAAGACAUAUAUGGAUGA